UCAUUUGCAACUUCAAAACACCCCAGCAAACGAACACAGUUCUGUCGCACUGCAGAGAUCGUAGUGCUGUUUUCCUACAAAAUGUGUUGUUAAUCGCGCUUCGGUUCGAUAAUAAUAAUUUUUGGGUCGUUUUUACGGCAAUUUAAUACGUUUGAACCGUUUACCGACGAAGUGUUUCAAAAGCAAACAUCAAUCAGUGUCAUAAAUGUGCUCUUAAAUGUAACACAGUUGGAAGUACAAAUUGACAAAUAGUUUCUGGACAGUGUGUUCGCCUUCCGGACAGACCACGAUUUUGAACUAAGAAUCGUUCAAACCAUGGCCCUGUACGUCCUUUACGAACAUGCUGCCGGCUAUGCCGUGUUUAGCGUCAAGGAGUUUGAGGAGAUUUCGAUGUUAUUGCCACAGGUGGAACAGUCCGUGACCGAUUUGUCCCGCUUCAAUUCGAUCGUAAAGCUGGUGGGAUUCUCUCCCUUCAAAACGGCGGUCGCUGCGCUGGAAAACGUCAAUGCCAUCUCGGAAGGAAUCGUCCCGGAUGACCUGUCGGUAUUUCUGGACUCGGUUCUUCCGAAAGCGUCCAAAUCCAACAAGUUCACUUUGGGUGUGGCAGAUGCCAAGCUUGGCGCGGCUUUAGCAGAAGCGCUGAAAAUUCAAUGCUCGCACAUUGGAGCCGUUCCGGAGAUAUUGCGGGGAAUUCGUCAUCACUUCCCGAAGCUGGUCAAAGGAUUCUCCGACAAAAGUGCUGGCAUUGCUCAGCUGGGUUUGGGCCAUAGCUAUUCACGAUGCAAGGUCAAGUUCAAUGUCCAUCGCUCGGACAAUAUGAUCAUUCAAUCGAUUGCGCUGCUGGAUCAGCUGGACAAAGACAUCAACACGUUUUCGAUGCGGAUUAGAGAGUGGUAUUCUUACCACUUCCCAGAGCUGGUUAAAAUCGUCCCAGACAAUUAUCUAUUUGCCAAGGUCGCCCAUUUCGUCAAGGAUCGCAAAUCACUCUCCCAGGAAAGUUUGGAAGGUCUCGAAGAGAUUGUGAUGGAUUCGGAAAAAGCGCAGGCCAUUAUCGACGCGUCCAAAAUGUCCAUGGGAAUGGACAUUUCCGUAAUAGAUUUGCUGAACAUUGAGAUGUUUGCCAAGCGAGUGGUUAAUCUGUCGGAAUAUCGCCACCAGCUAGCUGAGUACCUGCACUCGAAAAUGACCAAUGUCGCUCCAAAUUUGCAAUCCUUGAUCGGAGAUCAAGUUGGUGCUAGGCUCAUUUCAAAGGCCGGAAGUCUCACAAACCUGGCCAAGUAUCCUGCAUCGACGGUGCAGAUUUUGGGAGCAGAAAAGGCACUGUUCCGUGCUCUUAAAACCAAGAGCAACACACCGAAGUAUGGUCUGCUGUUCAACUCUUCGUUUAUCGGACGAGCAAAUGCCAAAAACAAGGGUCGUAUUUCGCGCUUUUUGGCCAAUAAAUGCUCCAUCGCAUCUCGUAUCGAUUGCUUUACCGAAGCUCCCAACAGUGUAUUUGGGGAAGCGCUGAAGCAACAGGUGGAAGACCGUUUGAAGUUCUACGAAUCCGGUGAAGCACCCCGCAAAAACGAAGAAGUCAUGAAGGAAGCAAUCGAAGUUGCUGCUCAGCUCAAUGCCAGCCAGAUGAGUGCUAAGAAGAAGAAAAAGAAGAAGGACAAGAAGCGUAAACUUGAGGAAGAAGAUGAUGCGAACGGAACUGCAGCAGAUGAAACGCUGAAUGACACUGCUAACGGUAAUGGAUCGAUCCUGGAAGCAGAGCCCGAAGCAACAGGCGAGCCCAAGAAGAAGAAAAAGAAGAAGAAGAGCAAGGCCGCCGAAGAAUGAGAAGUGUGAAGGUAAAUGUAUGAGUAAAUCAUCCUUUUUUCCUAAGGAUUAUUUUUUUCCUUUAUAAUAGUUUCAUAGAUGCAUAACUACCUAUGCAUUAAAUAUAACCUAUCGAUUUCUAGAUAAGAUUGUAAUUACAA